AUGAUUCAUAGCCUUUGCUUUGCAUUUCAAAAUGUUUUCUUACUCACAGAAGUGUCACUUGGAUCAGGAAGGAAAUCUCAGCAGCAGCAGCAGCAGCAGCAGCAGCAGCCAGUUGCUUCCCAGACGCCUGAAAGAAGCCUGCCAAGUUUCAGAGGUCUUUAUUGUAUGGGACACUCUGGUUCCG